GGACGCACAGCGUGUGUCUCAGAGGAUGCGAGGAACAUCGGUGAUCUGAUUUCGCUGAGAGCUCGCGCGCUUAUUGUGCUUCUUUUUACCUCUCACUACUGCACAGGUGCUUUAUAGGAAUAAACAUGGCGACGUCAGCUAGCGCUCAGCUCAGCAAGGUGGUGAAGAGACAGUACAUGGAGCUUCCUCAGGGGGACAAAGUGCAGGCCAUGUACAUCUGGAUCGACGGCACGGGGGAGGGACUGCGCUGCAAGACCAGGACGCUCGACUACGAGCCCAAGAGCAUCGAGGAUCUUCCUGAGUGGAACUUUGAUGGUUCCAGCACCUACCAGUCGGAGGGUUCCAACAGCGACAUGUAUCUCAUUCCCUCAGCCAUGUUCAGAGAUCCGUUCCGCAAAGACCCAAACAAGCUGGUCCUGUGUGAGGUUCUGAAAUACAACCGCAAACCUGCUGAAACCAACCACCGCUUGACGUGUAAGAAGGUCAUGCAGAUGGUGGAGGAGCAGAGCCCAUGGUUUGGCAUGGAGCAGGAGUACACCAUCCUGGGAACGGACGGUCACCCGUUCGGCUGGCCUUCCAACGGCUUUCCCGGUCCUCAGGGGCCUUACUACUGUGGAGUCGGAGCGGACAAGGCGUACGGCAGGGAUAUCGUGGAAGCCCACUACAGAGCGUGUCUGUACGCCGGCGUGAAUAUCUGCGGCACGAACGCUGAGGUCAUGCCAGCUCAGUGGGAGUUCCAGGUGGGGCCGUGCGAGGGUAUCGAGAUGGGAGAUCACCUGUGGGUGGCUCGUUUCAUCCUGCACAGAGUGUGUGAAGACUUCGGCAUCGUCGCCUCGUUCGACCCCAAACCCAUCCCGGGGAACUGGAACGGCGCGGGAUGUCACACCAACUUCAGCACUAAAGAGACGCGGGAAGAAGGCGGGCUCAAAUGCAUUGAGGAAUGUAUCGAGAAACUGGCGAAGAGACACAACUACCACAUCCGUGCCUACGAUCCUAAAGGAGGCCUGGACAACGCUCGCCGCCUGACUGGCCACCACGAGACCUCCAACAUCCACGAGUUCUCUGCCGGCGUCGCCAAUCGCGGCGCCAGCAUCCGCAUCCCUCGCGCUGUGGGCCAGGAGAAGAAAGGAUACUUCGAAGACCGUCGCCCGAGCGCUAACUGCGACCCGUACGCCGUCACCGAAGCCCUCAUACGCACGUGUCUGCUCAGCGAAGACGGAGACGAACCCGUGGACUAUUAGAUCUUUUUAAAUCUCGCUUCUCUUUAUCGUUUCCAGGACUGAACUUCAUUCCGCUCGUCUCUUAAAACGGCCACCCGGCCAGAUUAGUACUGUAUUCUGUCUUUCUUUUAUUUCCGUCUCAUUAUGUGUCUAACCACGCAUCAUAGCUGUUUUUUAAAAAGAAGUUUGCUGGUCAACUUAACAUUUUAGAAUCAAACUGAUGUUAACCCGGGGGACGUGAUGUGGUGAAUCUGACCCUUCUGUGUCUUCUUUCUGUGAUCGGAUACGCCCUGUUAACACACCCCCCCCCCCCCCCUCGUCGAGCUUCAAGAUGUACCUCUUCAUGAUUAAAAAAGGACUAAAAAUGAGAUGAGGCACAUGGACACGACGACCUCCAGCUGCUCAGGCUGUGUGAUACGGCUCACGUCGACAGUAGCUAGCUUGCGUGCGUGAGCGGGAACGUUUAGGCAAAGUCUAAUGGUUUUAAUGUCUUACUCACUAAAUUGGUGUUGAAUGACAACGUUGUCUGUCUUUGUACUGGUUCAGGUUGUACGGUACACUCUCGACUCCUGACUUGUCAUGCCACUUGUUUUUGUUUGUUUUUAAGAGAAGGAGGGGGGGGUGGGAGGAAAGGGAAUAAGGAAAAAAGUGAGAAUUUGUGUUUGUAUGACAUCUGUUUGGGUUUUGGGUAAAAUCCUGAAAUUGAUGAACCGGA